AUGCAACGCAAUGACCUGACUGAUGGCAUCUCGUCUUUGGAAGACUGCGUGACAGAUGUGAAGUCUUGGGCUAGUAACAAUAACAUGAUGCUCAAUGCAAACAAGACUGAGCUCAUCCACAUUACAUCACAAUUUAGGAAACGGAACGAGUCUGUUAGCCUUCACAUAGACGGAGCUGUUAUCACUGCGACCAAUUCUGCAAGAGAUCUGGGUGUUAUCGUUGAUAACUCGCUAGACUUAAGAGAGCACAUCCGAAAGCACAUACAGAACACCGCUGCACGUCUUAUCACUCGCACCAGAAAGCACGAUCACAUCACUCCAGUCAUCCGCACCCUACAUUGGCUCUUAAUUCCCCAACGUAUCCAAUUCAAGAUCCUUCUCCUCACGUUCCACAUCAUCCAUCAUCACGCACCAUCAUACCUGAUUGAACUGAUCUCACCCAAACAGACUACCGGCAUGAACCUUAGAUCAUCAUCCAGACCCCAGCUCGCACUUGGUCCUCGCACCCACAACCGCUAUGGUGACAGGGCCUUCUCAGUCUGUGCCCCCACUCUUUGGAACACUCUCCCCGCCCAUAUCCAGGACUCACCCACCAUUGACAUUUUCAUAAAGAAUCUAAAAACUCAUCUAUUCCAAAAGCAACCUAAAUAA